AUGACACACAAGGUCAACACUCGCGAAAUGAACAUCAUGCUCAUUCUCGUCGUCCUGUUCGCCGCCGCCUUCUUCUUCCACGGCCUUAUUAGACUGUGUCUCCUAAUAAUUAAAAGUAAUCGCGAGGCCGCUGAGCGGGCAAAUCGACCUCCUCGAUAUCGUGCGCCUCGAUAUGCCGUACCUCCUGUUCCCAUUCCUGUUGUUCUUGCGCAGGAUGAAGAAGCUGUCGGUAUGGAGAGCGAAGCUACAAAGACACUACCACCAGCCUAUGGGCGAUGGCGCGAGACAGUGCGAGUUGACCCAGAUCGUUUGUUCUGGCAGCGCAACGAGGCCGUGGAUCUUUCUCAAAUAAGACCUAGUACUCGAGCUGGUCCCAGGCCACCGUCGUAUGUGUCUGAAGAUGGUAUAUCAUAUGUAGUCGAGGCGCAACCUCGAUCAACAGCACCAACAACUGAAGUGCCUCUACCAACACACCCAUCAGAGCUUGGUAGAGUGGCUAGGGUACCGACUGAGUAG